AUGUCUGAAAAGAAAAGCAAAAAGGUUUCAAAAACACCACAAGUUAUUGACAAUACAAACUCAACAUUUAAUCUAUCUUUUGAAAAAAACAAAGAAUUUGAUUUUAGUGAUGAUGAUGAAAAAGAUGAUCAAUUAGAAAUGGAUCCUUCCACUACUGAAAUACCUAAAAGAAAAAUUAGUAUUGUAUUAAAUGACGCUCCUACUUUAAGGAAAAGUAACACAUCACGUAUUUCUACACUUCCACCAUCAAGGACUAGAUCUUCUCUUACAGCUAAAAAUGAUUUUGAAAAAGGUAUUGAUGCGUUUGAAUUAGCUGAUUACAAUAAGGCUGUACAAUAUUUCUUUGGUUAUGCAGCAACAACAGAAAAGAAAAAAGAAAUACAAUUAUGUUUAUCUUACCAACUUGCUUGUAAUAUUAUUCAUAGAAUCACAUCUGCACCAGGAACGAUUGAUGUUUAUUUAGCUAGUAUUUUAAUUUGUUUACCAUUACUCCCUCCUCACAGAAGAGUUAUUUUACGAAUAGCAAAAAAUAUUUUUAUUAAAGAGAAUAUUCAACUCCCAGAGAAUUUACGAAUAUUUAGUGGGAUUUCAGAAGAAGUAAAUUCAUCUCGUCAACCACUUAAUGGUAUUUGUUGUCAUUGUAAAAAAGAAGUUUCAUUAAUUAGAAACCAAUGUGAUUGUGGAAAAGAAAGAAUUUUUGAUUGUAUAUCUUUCACUCCAGCUGGUGAAAAUCCAGUGAAAUGCGAAAAGUGUGGGGCUAUCUUUUCACAAGGAGAAAGUUGUGUAUUUUGUAAAGGAACUUGUCAUCCUCUCAACCUUUAA